AUGGGCGAAGCUUUGGCAAUUUGUCAGCUUGAAAUUACUGUCGUGCAGCAACCUCAGGACAAGAUGCUUUUCCUGGCAGUUGUGUCGCAUGAGGCCAGUGCUGCAGCCGGGACGAGUAUCGUUUUCAAGAAUGAGCCGCCGCUGGCUGUUUUCGAGCUGCUGGAUAGAGUUUACCAGGUACUCUUCAGAUACUUGGGGGAGGUCAGCGAAGAUGCGCUGCGACAAAACUUCUCGACAGUGUAUUUGCUGCUGGACGAGAUGAUCGACAGUGGCCUGCCUUUCACCACAGAGCUGAACAGCCUUGAGUCCAUAAUCGCGCCGCCAUCUGCGAUCGGAAAGGUUGUCCAGGCGGUCUCCGGCAGCAGCACACAGGUGCUGUCGGAUGUGCCCUUGGAGUCUUCUGGCCAGGCUGGGCCUCUUGGCGCUCUAUCUUCAGCUUUGGGCGCCCUCUCGCAUACGCAAAUCGGAGGUGCCUCUGCCGAGGUGUGGUGGCGAAAGCAGAACGUUGCAUAUGGCUCGAACGAGGUUUACGUAGACAUCGUAGAGACGAUCAGCUGCACAUGCAAUGGAAGCGGGAUUAUUGUCUCUGGUGGUAUCAGCGGCGAAGUCUUGAUGACCAGCAAGCUGAGUGGUAUCCCUGAAGUGUUGCUCAGCUUGCGCAACCCAAGCAUCUUGCAGAAUGUUUCAUUUCAUCCCUGUGUCAAGCUCCCGCGUUACCAUAGGGACAAGGUGCUAUCCUUCAUUCCUCCUGAUGGAGAGUUCUCACUUGCCAAUUAUUGGAUUCCUGACAUCACCAUGAACUUGCCGUUCCACUUCUCGGUCUCCGUGAACUACCACUCUGAUCACGGGAAAGUGCAGAUUGCAGCAAGCCCCAAGCUUGCCGUGACCAUGCAGCAUAAGCAGAUGCUGAUCGACAAGUUUGUUGUAAACGUUCGUCUUCCUGCAAGUAUCGCUUCUGCGAACCUUGCAUGCCAGGGAGGUAGCGUCCGCUUUGACGAAGAGUCGAAGGUCAUUGUUUGGAAUCUGGGCAAGCUCGCCAGUCAGGAAAGCAAAGCAGAGGGCACGCUGACAUAUGCCACGAACCCAAAGGAUGGUAGUGCGCAAAUUCCGUUUGAAGAGAAAUCCACAGCGCAGCUGGCAUUCCAGAUCAAGGGGUGGGCAAUCUCUGGAAUCCGGCUUGAUGCUUGCGAUGUCACCGGCAUCAACUACACCCCAUACAAAGCAUCUAGGUACACAACCACUGCUGGCAAGAUCGAGUAUCGGCUCUUGGUGCAAAUCAGUUUUUUCGAGAUGUGUUUUGUGUCCGUUUACUUCGGCGAUGGCAUCGGGGCGUGUUUCUUGUGCCAAGCUGUGCUGCCGGAAAGCCGCAUUGGCUUCGGUGCAAUCGCUGCAUGUGCUUCUGUGGCCUUUCGGCAUCCGGCGAAGAAGCGGAAAACGCGGAGACAGCCACCUGGCAUCAAUAUCGCAGGUGAGCAAGAUGGAGACGGCGGCGACUGGGAAGUGGAUCCGGCGCAGUUCGUCGCUGCCCUUUCUGGUGCCAGCCUGGCCUACUGGGCAUGGGGCAGGAUGCGCUCCCAAGCAUCGCUACAGGCCACUCCCAGCCUGGAGGGCCCGCCCCCAGUGACACGGAUUCCCCUUUCAGAGUUUCUCUCGUUGCUGCGAGAUGGGGCAGUUACAGCGGUCAGCUACCUUGCAGACCGCCCGCCGGCAGGUGCUUUGCUCUUGAAGGCGGCAGUUCCGACUCUGACAACCCUGGCCAGCCAGUCAGGUAAAUCUGCGUUGUCUCCAUUGCCGGUGGAGAAAUCCAUGGAGACCCUUCUUCUGCUGGCUAAUCUACAGUGUUGCACCCUCAUCUGGAGAUCGAUUUCUACAGUGCAGCAGUUCAUUUUUCGCAAGUUUUCACCGAUGUGCCAGAGCGCGAUCAAUGGCUUGCUGCGCCUGCUAGGAGUGGUGCAAAGCGAAGAUUUCUUGGAUGACGGCAAGGUCCCUGAAGCCUUCCGGCAGCGCUAUGCCCGGUAUCCCGAGUCGCAGCCGCUGCCCCUGCUGCUUCAGCAAGUGCUAGAGGACACCACGCCAGCGGAGGAACCAAAGGCAUAUUUCCGUCCUCGGAGGAAGUUUCCUUUGCAUUUCCUCCACGGCACUCUCCAGUCUUCGGGCUUGAGCCAGGCCGUCUAUUAUUUUCAAGCAGAUGACAAGGAUGUGAUCCAAAGAGUUUUCGUUCACUGGUCUCUGGACACGACGCUGGAGGGGCCACCAGGCUGCUGUCAUGGUGGAUGUUCUGCGGCUUUGAUCGAUGAUGCGUUUGGGGCGUUCACGAACACGUACUUACGGAGCCUGGGACGCAGCGGACGGGCGGCAACAGCGUAUCUGCACGUGGACUACAAGGCGAUGACACCGCUGCCUUCGCAGAUUGUGUGCAUCGUGACGCUGGACCGUGCAGAGGGUCGCAAGAUUUUCUUGAAAGGCCGCAUCCUUGUGGAAGCCCCGGCCUCGCCGGCCUCGCCGGCCUCGGCCUCCCCGCUGAGAACUUGCGAAGCAUCGGCUCUUUUUGUCGAGCUCAAGGCCGGUGUGGCACUCGGAGAAAUGGAGUUUGCUGCUUCGUGCAGAGUAUGUAGCACCCUGAAGGAGCUCCGAUCACGCUCUGACGUGCAGUUCGAGUGUCGAGAAGUGGCAGCAGGAUCUGACUCUGAGAUCAACAGGCUCUCGCUGUUGAUCGAUCUUGGUGGACUUGUGGCUUCCUUGGGCGCUCUGUGGUAUCUUUUUAGAAGCAACGGCCAGACUUUCGCGGCCAAGCAUCUUGAGGAAAACCGCGAUUUCAAUCGCCGACCUGCGGUAACGUUUGAUGACGUGGCAGGAAUGGAAAAUACGAAGGAAGAGCUGCAGGAGGUCAUUGCGUAUUUGCGCGAUCCGAACAGAUUCUAUGCUUUAGGAGCACGGCCACCCCGUGGCAUCCUUCUGGCCGGUCCUAGUGGUACUGGAAAGACGCUCAUGGCUCGUGCAGUUGCUGGCGAGGCCGGUGUUCCGUUUCUUUACGCCAGUUCGGCAUCCUUCGUCGAAAUUUUUGUCGGCCAAGGAGCACAGCGCAUCCGACAGUUUUUUGAGCAGGCUCGUGCCUGUGCACCUUGCAUCGUCUUCUUGGACGAGCUGGAUGCCGUGGGCUCUUCGAGGCAAAUGUCUGCCUCCGGCGGUGGUGGAAACCAGGAGUAUGCCCAGACUCUGAACCAGUUGCUUCUGGAGCUGGACGGUGUUGAAAGCAAUAUCGCAGGGGCUCCUGUGGUUGUGACCAUCGCGGCCACGAAUCGUUAUCACUGCCUGGAUGAGGCCUUGGUCAGGCCAGGCCGAUUGGACCGCAUUGUGAUGGUGAACUUGCCCAACUACUCGGAGAGAGUGGCGACUUUGCAGAUCCACGCGGCCAAGCUCAAAACAGAGAACCUUGACGUGCAACUACUCGCACGACGGACAGAGGGCAUGAGCGGCGCCGACUUGGCCAACCUCCUGAACGAGGCUGCAUUACUUGCUGCGCGGCGGCGUGCCGACGCAGUCCGCAUGGAGCACAUCUGGGCAGUGUUGGCAAACCCCAGGCCACAGCAAAAUGCAGCAACGGCGGCAGCACCCGGUUGGAACGAUGACGCGGCUCAGCAGGGUUUCGCUGCAACUCCUGAGUAUGCGGCAAAGAUGUUCGCCGCCUUUGCAACAGCUUUGGGAGCAUCGAGAGGCGGUGCAGAAAGCUCCCGGGAUGCGGAUAGUUUUGAUUGA